AUGGAGUUCAAGCAUAUUCUCAGUCUCGCUGUUUUUGCCGCUGUUUUUGCCGUCGAAAAACUCAAUGAGUGGCUGCACGAGCGCGGCAAAUCUCGUUUGGCCAGCACACUGCACGAAGAAGGUACUUAUACACUGCACGACCUAGCUCGAAUAAAUUUUCUGCAAAAGAGUACGUUCGACGGACAAGAGAGAAGCCAAAUCAAUGAAAUCUCCGAACUUGCUCUGCAGUGGCUGGAACUGAUUGCUUGGCUAGAUCGACGAGGUCUGUCAGACGUGUUGCCCGUUUUGAAAGAGAAUGGGGCUACUUCGUUCCAUGACAUGAGAGGUUGGUCUGAGGCGAGAUGGGAUGUGAUUAGGGAGUCCCAGGAUUCUCCAAGUGUCAAGUUGAAAGUGAAAAAACUUGCUGACAUUUUGCUUUCUGAGGAACAAACUACCGUUUCUGAACCUGAUGGAGUUGUUCUAGGCGUUAUUCGUUUUCUUGUGACAGGUAAAUGUUAAUUUCUAUCUGUUCUCUAUAUACGUCGAUCUCUAGAGAUCUGCAAGGGUUUGCAUGAUUAUAUCUA